AUCCUCGAGGCAGCGGCCGCUCGCCGCCGCUCGGUUGCGUCGGCCGCAACCCGUGGAGUCGCGGUGUCUUGCGGAGAAUGCAGCAGCAGUGGCACCAGCGAUAUCACAGAGCCGGGCUCGCCGUGCAGCACCAGCAGCGACGAGGGGGUAGCAGCGAUACGCGGCACGUCCGCCAGCCCGCUGCCGUCUUUACCCAAGCUGGCGCCGUCGUUGCAGCCCAGGCCCCAAUGGCCCUGGACCCCACCGUUGGCAGCGACCGCCUACUCCACCGUCGCGUACAAGAGGCUGAGGGGCGAACCGGAGGCUGGCGCCCUUCCGCGCUCCGGCGCCGCUGAUCCCACCUCCAGGGGGGUCGUCAAGGGGAGCGGAAAGACCACGGGCGGCCAGCAUCACCACGAGUCCCAGGGCAAGAUCACGGAGUACUUCAAGACGCAGAUUAAGCCGCAACAGCCGAAGACAAAGAAGACGAACGAAAUGGUGCUAGUAGCGAAGAGCUCGUCGGAAUUUCGGAGGCCACCUAUGGUGCAGAGGAACAAGGGCGGCCUGGCUAAGUACUUGGGCACCGUGUCGUCCAACACAAACCGUAGUACAAUGACCAACGAGCCUUGGGAAGUGAGAACGUUGACGUCAUCGAACAUCACGAAUAAGGUACCGGUAGUCAUCGUGCCAAGGGCCAACGGCAAGAUAGACAAGAAGCUGCCGAAAUCGCUGCCAACUCUGCCAAUCUCCAACGACGUACUGAAAACUCUGCCCAAGAUCUCAUCUCUUAGAUUAACUUCGGACGCGAGUAUUAAUUCGACCAAGGGCAGCUCCCCGCCCGCUACUGCCGCCUCGUCACUGCUGAGCGAAUCGUUGGACUUUAAGGCAAUCUUGGCGAAGCCGCACGUGAAUGAGAACAACAAUCUGACGAACAGCUGUGGAGGUAUCCUGGGUGCGUUAAGAUCGCAAAGCGGUCAUGACUCCCCCAUUUCGAGGCUCUCUUCGUCGUCGAAAGAGGACAGCAAGGAUGAAGAUGCGCAAUCGGCGCCAAUCGAUGAAGAUGACGUAGAUGAGGAGGACUCCCGAGGCAGCGAAUCGAAACCGUCGCCUAUCCUCUCGGCACCUACUACCAUCCGGUUCCCGGCACGAGCGCCCGAGAAGGACAGAUCGCAGGCUACUGACAGCGGGAUUUGUCGCUGGGAUAAGUGCGAAGCCAGCUUCGAAUCCAUGGGUGGUCUUUUAGAACAUCUACAGGCUGCGCACAUCAAUACGCAAACCGGCGGCGACAAUUUCGUCUGUCAUUGGCAGGGAUGCAAGGUGCAAGGUAGGACCUCGUGUUCCCGACGUUGGUUGGAAAGACACGUUGUGUCUCACGGCGGUAACAAACCUUUUCGAUGCAUUGUCGACGGUUGCGGUUGCAGAUUUAGCUCUCAGACCGCCCUCGAGAGACACGUGAACGGUCACUUCAAUCAACCGGAAACGAGUAAUAGUAAUGGGAGACGUAGUUGCGAGAACGGUGGCAAGCUCGUUAGAAGGAAUGGCAAGAAGCUUAGAUAUAGGCGGCAACCUUGGUCUGCGAGACUUUUUGAUUACUUCGACUCGGGAAUAAUGGAGGGUCUCCAGCACAGGCUACUGGAACUAGCAACAUCGAGGACGCAAGGGCGACUAGCUGAAACGCCAGGAAACUCGAUGGCACUAACUAGUCAAGUUUUAGCGAGAAGAGUCGAAAUGGAUGGGAAGAGGAAGGUAUUGCUGCGGUGGCAUCCUCCAGAUAUAGAACCGGACGAAUGGGUAUUAGAAUCUGAAGUACAAAGUACGAAACACGUAGGUAUUCGUGAAGUGGCUGCUAGUAACCCGGAACAAGUGAGUUUGGCUCUCUAUCCCGCGAUAAGCGGUCUCACGCCGACGGCACGAACGAAGCAGCGCCGGAAGCCAGUAAAGAACUCGUGAUAAUGCCGGACGAUUGGCCGGAUACCAGAACUGACCUAAUGAGUGCCGACACCUGAACCAAGAAGAAGCAUAUAGAGUGCUGCCUCUGUGCACGACACGGUCUACAACGCUUCCUGGUCGGUGGAGACAAAGGCCAUGAUGGUGCGACCUGAAAUACCCGGACGUAUCGAAAGAGAUGAAAACCGCUUUAGAAGAUAACUUAUCUAAAGAUGAACGACCAAUCCUUGUAGAUUGAUUAGGGAAUAAGAAUCGCAAUGUUGAAGGAAAUCAAGAGAUAAAUUCAAGAUGAAUCGAGGAGCGGACAGUAGCGAUAAGAACAAGGGACACAGCUGGACGAUAAACAACGGGAAACGAUCAUCCGUCCUCCGUUUUUUUUGGGGACGAGAACAUUGCUCAGCAAUGAACUUCUUCGUCGUUAUUCAUCGAUGGAUACAUCUAUUAAUCGCGCUAAUUCUACGCGGAUCCUUGCCACGAGUACCUCGCAUACUUCGACCCUCGUCGGCUUCGGAAGCGCUAAGUCUGGGCCUCGAAAGUGCCUCACCGUGGAUACGUUUUGUACCGUCUUCUACUGCCGAUCACGAUCCUAGAGACAGACGCGUGGUGGAAAUGGUAGUAAUGGUAGACAAAGACAAAAUGCGAAAAAAAAGAAAGCAGUAAAGAGGAGCUUUUGCGUAUUUGGUUUUGCCAAAGGAAACAGAGGGAGAGAGAGAGAGAAGAGAGCACAGACAAAAUAUUUAAGCGGUAGUUAACAAUUUAUAAGGAGAUAAUCACUCUGGUGGCCUUAGGAUUCAAUUAAUAUCUAACAUCGGCCCCUUGGCACUUCCGGGAACUGAUGGUAUCUUUGCAAUUUCCGACGAUGCCUC